AUGAAGCGCCAACCGCGUAAGCUCAAGUGGACCAAGACACAUCGCGCGCUUCGCGGCAAGGAGAUGAUCGUCGACUCGUCCCUUGUCCUCUCACAGUUUGCCAAGAAGCGCAACAUCCCCGUGAAAUAUGACCGGAAUCUGGUUGCGGCCACGGUCAAGGCUAUGGAGCGGGUGGAAGAAAUUCGGCAGAGGAGAGAGCGCGUGUUUACGAAGAGGAGGUUGGCAGGGAAGAUUGCAAGAGACAGGAAGAGAGCGGAGGACCGGAGAGUGGUCGCCGAAGGAGAGCAUCUUAUUCGAAAGGAGCUGCAGAUGCUGGAGAAAGGUGUGCCAUUGGAGGAACAGAGGAACAAGAACGCUGCUGUCGUUGGCCAGGAGCGGGUGCGGCAGAAGAAGAAGACAAGAAUGCUGGUGGAUGGGGGAACACAGGAGGAAAUGGAUAUCGACUGA